AGGGAAGGCGCCCAUCCUGUAGAGCCUUUCAGCCCUGAAGCCUGGUGGGAGAACUGUUUCCACACAACCAUGAUCCCUCUGCAGGACACGGAGGACCUCCACCAGCAAUGCCAGAAAAGUCAAGGAGAAGAGGGCAACCGAUGCAGCAGCCUGCGCAAGCUUCCGGCCCAAACAGGCUGUGGAAUGCUUACUCUUCUGUCAUCCACCAUUGCUGCUAUCAGUGGCCUUCUGAUGGGUUACGAACUAGGAGUUAUCUCUGGAGCCCUUCUUCAACUAACUAGCAUACUAGCGCUUUCAUGCCGACAACAAGAAAUAGUUGUAAGUGCGCUUCUCAUUGGUGCCUUGCUAGCUUCGUUGACCGGUGGGAUCCUGAUAGACAAGUAUGGGAGGCGAGUUACCAUUAUAUUAUCAUCUUGUUUAUUUGUACUGGGCAGCGUGAUCUUGAUACUCUUUGCCUCCUAUGGGCUACUUAUAACAGGACGGAUUGCAAUAGGGGUUUCUGUUUCACUCUCUUCAACAGCAACCUGUGUGUAUAUCGCAGAAAUUGCCCCACAACACAGAAGAGGCUUGCUUGUGUCUUUGAAUGAACUCAUGAUUGUAGUGGGCAUCCUUUUUGCCUAUGUUUCAAACUAUACCUUUGCGAGUGUUUCCCAUGGCUGGAAGUACAUGUUUGGCCUUGCCAUUCCAUUGGGGAUCUUGCAAGCCAUCUCUUUGUAUUUCCUUCUGCCUAGUCCUCGGUUCCUGGUUAUGAAAGGCUUUGAUGAAGCCGCUAGUAAAGUACUUGGAAAGCUAAGGGCAACUUCAGACGUUACUGAUGAACUCACUGCAAUCAAAUCUUCCCUGAAAGAUGAGCACCAGUACCGUUUCUUGGACCUGUUCCGUUCCAAAGACAACAUGAGGACCCGGGUGCUGAUAGGCAUCACUCUAGUGUUUUUUGUACAAACGACAGGGCAGCCGAACAUCUUAUUUUAUACAUCGACUGUUUUGAGAUCAGUUGGAUUCCAAAGCAAUGAAGCAGCUAGCUUGGCCUCCACUGGCGUUGGAGUGGUCAAAGUGAUCAGUACAAUCCCAGCCACCCUUUUUGUGGAUCAUGUUGGAAGCAAGACAUUUCUCUGUAUUGGCUCAUCCCUCAUGUUUGUGUCGUUAGGCACCAUGGGAUUAGUGAUGCUUAAUAUACAUGUGAAUGUCACUACUGUCUGUAGAAACCAGUCCUUGGAAGAACUUGUGUUCCAUGGAAUGGGAAAACUGACCUCCACAAAUGAAACUCUUAAGGAGCAAUUUGCUGGCAUGGCUUCACCUAGCAGAAGUUCACACUGGCAGGAUGGAAUUGCUGAUACAGAGGAGCAGAACAGGACAACGUUGGCAGGAGGCAAAGCCUUUGCCACAAGCCAAGCAGAAUCCCAGGUGGCUACAGGAGCUAUGGAAGUCCAAGCUGCUCUGAAAUGGCUCUCUUUGGCUGGCUUACUUGUUUACGUUGCCGCUUUCUCCAUUGGACUUGGACCAAUGUCCUGGCUGGUACUGAGUGAAAUAUUUCCUGGUGGAAUUAGAGGAAGAGCCAUUGCUCUAACCUCUAGCAUGAACUGGGGUGUUAAUCUUCUCAUCUCAUCAACUUUUCUGACUAUAACAGACCGAAUUGGGUUACCGUGGAUAUAUUUCAUUUAUGCACUGAUGAGCCUAGCUUCAUUAGCUUUUGUCAUUGCCUUUAUACCCGAGACAAAAGGAUGUUCCUUGGAGCAAAUAUCCAUGAAACUGGCAAAACAAAAGCAUGCAAAGGAUACUCUUUGCUGGAUGGGCCGGCGGAAGGAUCAAUUGAUAGGAUCAACUAUAGAACUUCCUAAAAAAGAAGUCCACGAACUAUUCUACUAGCCAAAGGCAGGUGCAUACAACCAGUGCUAGAAGAGCUGAUUUUCUAACAGGACAAAAUAGUAGAACAGUAGAAAAAAAA